AAUUGUUUCCCACACUUUUUCCCUACCAUUUAGGGGCGCUCGCAUACAGCCGCACUUGAGCGCAUCAGCUCUCAAAUUUAGUCAGCGCAGAUUUUUGGUUAAUUUUUGAGCAAGCCAACAACUGUUGCUGUUGUAGUUGUUGCCGAUGUUGCAUGCUACCUGCGCUGCAUACUCAGCUGAGUUAGUGCUUAUGACUCUCGGCUUUGCUAUGUCAUCACAAUGUCGACAGUGCGUUGACUUGUGUUGCCCUUUUGGGUCAGACACACGAGCAACCAGUGGUAGUGGUAGAGAGCGAAGAGAAAGAGCGGUAAGGGCAACAUGGGAAAUAUACAAUGUAUGAUUCCUGUUGGAAUUUGUCUGUACGCCAACCAGAAUUGGGAAGUGCAGUUGAGCGGCGCUCAGCUGAGUGCAGAAUUACUGGAGACGCGUCGCCGUCCGAGUUUGUUGUCGUCGUCUCGUAUUUCUACCUUCCUUCAGCUGCGUUGGUUCACACGAUCGAUCGAUGAAUGGUUUGGCUAGUUUGUUGGUAGGUUUGCUUGUUUGGUCGGCCUGGUUGACUGCGGAUGGUUGGUUGAUGUAUAAAAACGUACGGAUGCAAGCGCAACAGCAUCAGUUCUUCAACAACUUUCACAGCGAAAACACGCGCAGCGAGCAAAACGAAAUUAAUAGAAUAAUAUUUUUUAAAGGAACAUGUACAUAAACACUUACUGAAGAACAUUUUUGAUAAGACGACUUUUGAGUUUAUUAAGUUUAUUGUUCGGAAAUAAAUAUUUUAUAAUCAAAAAUAAUCACAAACCAACUAAAAAGAAUGUAUACGGAUACAAAAAAUCUCGCACAUCAAUUGGCCGACAUGAGCCUCACCUCGGCGAAUACAACUUUAACACCCGCCGCCCCAACAGAGAAAUCCAAGCGCAAGCUUUGCAAAAUGUGGCGCCCACUACUGCGGCUGAUGGCACGCAAGCGUAACAGCAGUCACAGCACAGCUAACGGCAAUUCGCAUGCCAGCCUACACCCGAACAACGUACACCUCAACAAUACAAUCCCAACAAAAGCACACGCCACCAGUGGUAGCGAAGAGUGGCCCACAGCGCAUAUUGAGGACUAUGCUAGCCUCAUGCGAAAAAUGAGUUUAAAAGAGCAGUGCAAUCAUGGCGCAGGAGAGUUGGCCAGCACAAGCGCUGUACCCGAAUGGGAGCGCCCCUGUCAGGCAAGUGCUAAAUUCGCAACGACAGUUAUCAGCAGUGCAAGUAUUGAGAAGACACCGGCCAGCACGUGCGCGCACUGUGUCUAUGGGCGCAAUUGUCAGCAUGAGCAGUUUCAUCAUCAUAUCUGUGAUGCGGCCACACAAGCCACAAGCACAACUACAACAACAGCAGCAACGAGCACAGCAGGCGCACCACACUGGCCUACAAUGAUGGACAGUACGGUGGCGUUGUCUCAACACGCGCUUGCUGACCUGCCCAUACAGUACAUGCACACCAAUGAUGGCACCUUCUUCUGGACGAAUGCACAGGAGAAAAUCGAUGAUGACCUACUCACAGCGUGGUUGUGUCAGAGUUGGCGUCAGCUGCCUUUACAGGCGGCACUGCUGUGAAUGUGCUUUCGCAGUGCUUUCACAACACACUGUGUUUGUGUCUGAGCAUUGAAAGACAGGGACUUUCAUUACUUUCAUCAGGGAUCUCAUUGUUAUUUUAGUUUAAUUUAUACAAAUAUACACAUAUAUUUUAGUAUAAUUAAAUACUUAGUAUGUAAUGCAGGAAUAAGUACGUGAAGUACGUUUCAUAACUACAUUUGUUUGCAAUAUAAAUAUUUGUGAUAUGCUUAACUUAAUUAAUACAUUUAAAUGUUAAAGUAGUUUUCGUAAAAAAAAACGAAAAAAACCAUAUACCCUAAAAUAUGUAUGUACAACAAUAAAAACCAGUGGAAAAAUAUUAAUCGAAAUAACUGUCUGAAAGUUUGUUUGAAAUGUCUAGAAAGUGAGUAGAGAUGUUAAUGAGAAAGUAUCAAUUUGAAAGCUUAACUUUCCAGUAGAAAUUGAGCUUUCUGAAUAAAGCUUUGAAGAGUGAAAGCUCACCUAGUAUCGAAUAUAUUUUUUAAUAAUCACGUCAUUUAUCCGGUAUUGGUAUAUUUACAGCAUUUAUCGCAACUAGUUUCUUCGAUAUACUUCAA